UUUCUAGAAGAUUAUUUGAAUGGAGAUGGUAGUAAAGGUUCAAGUCGAGCUGGUAGUCCUGUAGGUAGUGAUGAUAUUCCAGUAACUGAAAAACAAUUAGAUAUGCAAGAUGAUCCAGAAUCAAAGGAUGACUUAACUGUCAAUGGUUUUAUUGAUUUAACAUAUUUUAAAAGGGAGAUUAUUUGUUGUGGAACAAUAUUUAAAGGUCGAUAUGGAGAAGUAAUAGUGGAUCCUUCAUUGAUAAAACCUUGUAUUGGUUGUAUAGCUAGACAACAACGACAACAACAAACAAAUGCAUUAAGUUGCAGUCCUGUGCAUAGUUCUGCAUCUGCUAGCCCUGUUCACAGUUCUGCAUCUGCUAGUCCUGCUCAUAGUGUAGAGUCUAAUACAGAAACAAUGGUCUCUAAACAAGCAAGUAAAACAUUUAGUGAUUCAUCGUCAGAUUCUGGCUAUGACGAAUCUUCCAACCAAGGAGUUGGUGAGAGUAAAAUUACCAAAAUUAUUCAAAAUGCAAGUGCUACUGUAAAACCAGCAGUUAAAAUACAACCAUUAAAGAGUGUUCAAUUAAAAGCUAUACCAGUAUCGGAAGCUGUCAGGUUAAAAACAGAUGUACCAAUUAAAUUGGUACCUAUAAAACAAAUUGAUCAAUUAUCUUGUAAACCAUUAUCAUUAGUUUCUUCUGCUAAUGUUACUUUAAGCAGUAGUACUUCACACUCCAUUGUUACCGUCCCAAAUAAUCCACUUGUCGAUUUUGCCAUGCACGCAGCCUCUUCCAGGCAAUCAGUCUCUAAUUAAUGUCAGUCUUUUAUAGAAUUUUUAAUUUAUUUUUUUUUUUUUCUUUUUUUUUUCAUAUAUAGUUAGAUGUAUGUUAUGAUGCAAAAUUGUGUGUUAUGCUAUUAUUAUCUUUUCAGAUUACAAAGGCUCUGGAUAAGAGUGUUUAAGUUUUAUCAUAUUGAACACAGAGAGUUUAUAAUGUUAUAAAUGGUGAAAAAAAUCUUGUAAUUAAAAUAACUGUUAUAAUAUACAGUAGAUAGUGCUCUUAGAAAAGAUUGCAUAGGAUUCAUGUCCUUGAUCGUUGGUUGUUGAAAAAAAUAUAUAUAUAUAAUUAUAUAUAUUAUAUUGUCUUUAUGGACGUGAAUUCUUGAAGUGUAUUCAACGUCUAUUAGAUAAUUUUUAAGAAUGAUAGUAAAAAAACAAAAAAAAAAACAAAAA